AUGACUCCCUCCGAGACGUCGCCUCUUCUCGCCGAGCAAUCACCCCAGACACGGCAGAAGCACCACCGCCACCACCACGAUGUGCCCCCAGAUUUCUCGCCGUCCUCCGGGGAGAGUCUCUGCCUGCCGCCUGGAGACGAGGCGGUCGCUUCCGAGGAAUGCAAAUUGCUUCUAACCCGGUCUGCUCCCCUGAUUGUCACGUUUCUGCUCGAGUACUCGUUCACGGCGGCGAGCAUUUUUGCCGUUGGCCAUAUUGGAAAGAUCGAAUUAGCAGCCACCGCAGUCGCGGGCCUCACGGCAAACAUUACUGGCUAUGCAAUCUACCAAGGCCUCGCGACAAGCCUCGACACGCUGUGUCCGUCCGCGUACGGCGCAGGCCGGAAGGAUCUCGUCGGCCUUUAUUGCCAGCGCAUGACCUGUUUCCUGUGGUUCAUGACGAUCCCGAUCGCGGCCAUAUGGCUCUGCGCAGAUCGCCUUUUGAAGCUCUUUAUCCAGCCCGAGAUCGCCAGGAUGGCUGGGUUGUACCUCCGCGUCCUGGUAUUGGGCGCGCCGGGCUAUGCGGCAUUUGAGUGUGGGAAGAGAUUCAUGCUGGCGCAAGGUCUCUUCUCGGCAACCGUAUGGGUUCUGAUUUUGUGCGCACCACUCAAUGCAGUUCUCAAUUAUCUCUUCGUCUGGACAUUCAACUGGGGCUUUCUCGGAGCCCCAAUGGCCGUCGUCAUUGCCCAGACUCUGAUGCCCGUCAUCCUUGCCGUCUACAUCACCUGCAUCGCAGGAUCCGAAUGCUGGAAUGGCUUCACGCGGUCUGUUUUCCACGGGUGGUGGCCAAUGGUUCGACUUGCUCUUCCAGGGAUGGUGAUGGUGGAAGCCGAACUGCUCGCAUGGGAGCUUCUCACGUUGGCAUCCAGCUUCAUUUCCGUGGAGCAUCUUGCCGCACAGUCAACGAUCGCAACACUAGGUGCGAUCGCUUUCAACUUUCACUUUCCGAUCUCUAUUGCCGCGGCGACUAGGAUAUCAACGUUGAUCGGCGCAGGCCACGCAGAUGCAGCCAAAAGGGCAGCGAAGGUAUCGAUCUUGACUGCUUUUGUCUUCGGAAUCCUUGUGGCCAUUCUCUUAGGAACGCUACGGAACCAGCUUCCUGCGCUUUUCACCGAAAACCCGGAUGUCAUCCAUUUCGUCAGUGCUGUUUUACCGAUGGUCGGAGUUUCGCAGGUCUUUGACUCGCUGGCAACGUCCUGUAACGGCCUUCUCAGAGGACUGGGAAAGCAGAACGUUGGAAGUGUCACCGCCCUGUUCUGCUAUUACGGGGUUGGGAUUCCGAUCUCAUUUGCCUUGGCAUUUUGGUUUCACUGGGAUCUUCUGGGUUUGGCAGUUGGAACGACAUUAGCUUUAUUGCUAGUCGCCCUCAUCGAAGGGGCCUUUAUGGCGACGACUCACUGGGAGCGUAUUGUAGAGGAGGCAAGCAUGCGCAAUGAGCCGACGGUUUCUUAG